AUGUCAUCCAAACAAACAAAUCAACCAUAUUAUUCGGUCGGUCAUGAGUUUGAAAUCCAAAUUGAAAAAUUAUUAAACGAAAAUGGAAUACAGGCUAGAGUUGUUUCUUAUCAACAAGGAGAUAAUGGAAUUGAUAUUAUUGCUACAUUUAACAGAAGAAUUAUUCUUAUUCAGUGUAAACAUGUUAGUAAACCUCUUGAUGUUAACGUUAUAAAAAAUUUUCAAGCUUCAGUUUACCGGUUUGGAGAUUCAAUAAUAAGCGCCGUUGUUUAUAACAGUGAAGUUCUGAAAUAUAAUCCUUUAACUAGAGGCGCAGUGUUAUGGUUGAAGGCAGUAUGUCCUGAAAUUCAAAUUGUAACUGAGGAAACAAUUGUCAGAUCAAGAUUAGGACAAAGUGGAUUAUCUUUCAAAGAAAAACCAAAUUAUACUAAUCCAACAUCUAAUAAGAGCGAGAACGAUUUUAAGCGUUAUGUUGAAAGAUUAUUAAACGAAAAUAAAGUACUUACCAAUAGUUUUGAUCGUCGAGAAGACAAUCGUCGAGGUGACAAAAUUGAUUUUAUUGCUACAUAUAAUAGGCAAAUUAUUCUUAUUAAUGUUAGCCGCACUUUUGAUAAGAAGAUUUUAAAAGAUUUUCAAACUUCCGUUGAUCAGUAUGGAGAAGGAAUAUUAGGCGUUAUUGUUUAUAGCAGUCAUAAUCCUUUAUCUAAAAACGAAGGGUUGGGUUCUGAAGUUAAAAUUGUUACUGAAAAAAUGCUUGUCAAUUGUAUUAAAGAUAAUUUAUCAUCAGAUAGAACUAGAAUUUUAUUCUAUGAUGAAUUAUUUGCAAAUGAUGAAAAUGACUAUAAUCUUGGCCAAGAUUCCUCGUCUACAUCAGAAUGUGAAAUGUGUUCGAACGAGCGACCAGAUCAGAAUACAAGUCGACAGUGGGAUUGUCCACGUUGUACGUUUACAAACCAGGGUGAUGUAAUUAUGUGUGAAGCAUGUUAUUAUGUUGAUAAUGAAUUAGUUUUAUAG